AGAGCCCAAUUUGAGCGACGCCCACCACAUCAGCAAAAGUCCUGUGUUUUCGUGUCCCACUGUACACACACACACACACACACACACACGCCGGAGGAACGAUCUCGAACGGGCAGCAGGCAAGCAUCGACGUCACCGAAGUAAGGUUGUGUGUUUUCUUUUCUUUUCUCCUUUACGUCAACUCCACAGCCUUUACUCGCCACACGCGAAUAUUUGAAAUUUUUAAAAGCAACGGUAAUCAUGUCCACCACCGUCAAGGAGGCCAUCGCGCGCUUCGAGGAGGCCGAGUACCGCCGCCGCCUCGUCAAUGUGCCGGAGGCAGAGCAGGAGAACGUGCCGCGUGUGGUGGCGGCGCAGGAGUCUAAAGUGCUCCUCAUCGGUCUCCUGCCGCCCAUCGUGAAGAUGGACAAGGAAAUCACGACGCUGAAGGAGUGCGAGCACCUUGGCCUCAGCACCAACGCCAUUGAGAAGAUCGGACCCGGUCUGAAGGAGCUGAAGAGCCUGAAGGUGCUCUCGCUGGGCCGCAACAACAUCCGCAAGCUAGAGCAGCUCGACUUGCCGCAGCUGGAGCAGCUGUGGAUCUCCUACAACAAAAUUGAUAAGCUGACCGGGCUGGACAAGCUCAAGAAUCUUAAGGUGCUGUAUAUGAGCAACAACCUCAUCAAUAGCUGGACCGAGAUUGACCGCCUAGGGAACCAGUGUCCCGAGCUCACAGACGUGCUCUUCCUCAACAAUCCGUUGUGCAGCGGUGCCGCCAGCAAUCAGGAGUACCGCUACAUGAUGCUGCAGCGUCUGCCGAAGCUGACGCGACUCGACGGCGUGCCCGUCGACCCAGAUGAGAAGGAGGAGGCAGACCGUCGCCGCUAA